UCCAGUCUUUACGCUCGCUAAAAUCUAAGCUUCCACGAAACGCGCUGCGAUUCUUGACUCCCUUCCGCGAACUACCACUUCCGGCGGCGAGAUCAAUUAAACGUCACCACAUGCGCCUGAUACGGUGCCAUCGAAAUUUCGAGAUUUGGUUAUUGUGAGGUGCAACGAUAAUAUGAAUCUGGAGGAGUACCGCAAACAUGGAAAGGAAAUGGUGGAUUACAUCGCCGACUAUCUGGGAAAUAUUCGAACUCGACGCGUUUAUCCGGCGGUUUCUCCAGGUUACUUGAGAAAUGUCCUACCAUCGUCGGCACCGGUGGACGGCGAACCUUGGGAGGACAUAUUUGUAGACAUCGAAAAGUGCAUCAUGCCAGGAGUGACGCAUUGGCAGAGUCCACAUAUGCACGCUUAUUUUCCCGCCUUGAAUUCACCACCCAGCCUGCUGGGCGAUAUGUUGGCCGACGCGAUCAAUUGUCUUGGAUUCACUUGGGCUUCGAGUCCUGUGUGCACGGAACUAGAGACCAUCGUAAUGAACUGGCUGGGCAAAAUGAUCGGUCUGCCAGAGGAAUUCCUGCAUCGUCCAGGAGGAUCUGGAGGCGGUGGCGUGAUACAAACAACCGCGUCGGAAGCCACCCUCGUUUGCUUACUCGCAGCAAGAACCCGAGCCAUUAGAGACGUGCAACAAAACGAGCCGGACCGUUUACCAGCUGAGAUUAAUUCGCGUCUUGUCGCCUACUGCUCCGACCAAGCUCAUUCCAGCGUAGAAAAGGCUGGUCUCAUAGGUUUGGUACGAAUGAAGUAUAUCGAAUCUGACGACGAUCUGAGUAUGAGAGGCGAGGCGUUACUCGAGGCAAUAAUGCACGAUAGAACUGAGGGUCUGCUUCCCUUCUUUGUUUGCGCUACGUUGGGUACAACUGGUGCGUGUGCGUUCGACAAUCUGAAAGAAGUUGGCCAAGUGUGCAUGGAAAAUGGACUCUGGUUGCACGUGGAUGCAGCCUAUGCAGGCAGUGCAUUCGUGUGCCCCGAAUUCCGAGGCUGGCUUCAAGGAAUAGAAUAUGCCGAUUCGAUUGCGUUUAAUCCCAGUAAAUGGCUGAUGGUGCACUUCGAUUGCAACGCAAUGUGGGUGAAAAGCAGCCAAGCUCUUCACAGAACUUUCAACGUGGACCCGUUGUAUUUGAAGCAUGAAAAUUCAGGUCUUGCUAUCGAUUAUAUGCACUGGCAAAUCCCAUUGUCAAAGAGAUUCAGAGCUUUGAAACUGUGGUUCGUCAUUAGAAAUUACGGAAUCACUGGCCUUCAGAAGCAUAUUCGCGAGGGCGUCAGGUUGGCACAAAAAUUCGAAGCGCUAGUUUUAGCCGAUGCACGCUUCGAAAUUCCAGCGCCGAGGCACUUAGGACUCGUUGUGUUCCGUCUUCGUGGCGAGAACACUCUGACGGAGCGUUUGUUGAAGAAAAUGAACACGAGGGGCCGAGUACACUGUGUACCGGCUGCUUUGCACGGAAAAUACGUGAUUCGGUUCACCGUCACUUCGACCAACACGACCAACGAGGAUAUUUUAAGAGACUGGGCCGAGAUACGAAAUACAGCGAACGAGAUACUAGGUGAUACAUCGAGUUCACCAGUACGAGCAAGAGUUCCACUCGCAGAAAGCUCAGAUACUCGAGAGAAGAACGAAAACUUUGGUUCGAGUUUGUUGCUGGCCAAUUCACCGAUGUCACCAAAAAUCGUGAACGGCAGCUUCGCUGCCAUAUAUGACACGGCGGAUGUGUUCGAAGACUGCACGAAAGCUUUUGGAAAAUUACGACUCGAAGCAAGAGACAGCCCAGCUAUGCGACGCCGAAUUCGAGGAAUACUCAUGUCAGGAAAACAAUUUUCCUUAGAUUCACGUAUGGAUCUCGUACAGGGAUAUGCCUGUUGUCGUCCAGCCAUAGAAAUGUCCCCUGAAUUGCCACUAAACGAAGACGAAGAUUCUUCAGGGACCGGUGAAACUGGAUCCGACACCAAUCAAUCCAAUAAUGAUGUUUCUGCCGAACAUUCAACGGCCCAACAGGACUCGCCGGAUGCCUCGAAGGUGGACAAAUCUCUGAAAAAGCAGAACUCCAAGACUCACUCGAAUUACGGAGUCGCGAACGGCUCUGUCAAGAUCGUUCCUCAAGAUUGCUCGAACGAUUUAAUGUCCAUGGUUACGACCGAAGCAAAUCUGCCCAGAAGCGAAACAAUAGGCGCGAUUGGUCAUCGUCCAUACACCGGUGAUUUGUCAACUGUGCCCGACCAACACGAAGAUCCUGAUAAAACAAACGAUGGCGACAAGGAGAACACGGAUUUCUGUAGAAAAUGCGGUCAUUGUAUGAAGAAAGAAUAGAAACGGUCGACAAAUGUUAAUUGAAAUCGCACCAGUUCCAGACUGUCUAUACUCCUUCGCGUCUUCGAUGGAUUAUAUGUUGUUCAGAUUAAGCAUGGCGCUUCGCGAACCUCGCGACGCUUAACAACUUUGUUGGAAAGAAAGUAA